AUGGCUCGUCGAGUUGCGCGGAGCUCCGGCCCUGCUUCCAAGCCGCGCACCGCUCGCAAGAAGAACCAGAAGCGCGGCCUCGACGCCUUUACCAUCGCCCAGCGAGAAGUCGGCGACACCACCAAGAUUCGCCGGCACCGCCUGGGAGAAGCUGAGGACGAGAACCCCCGCCGCAAGCGUCAACGCGUCGACGAUGACAACGACGACAGCGAGGAUGGCGAGCGUCCUCCGAGACACCGCAGUAAAUCCGCCAAAGGCCGUUUCGACGAACUGGACGUGAGCGAAGGCAGCGACUCGGAGGGCAACACUUGGCGCAUGGGCGAGGUCGACGAAGACGAUGAUAGCGACAUAGACAGCGACGAGGCCUUUGACGAGAGCGACGAGGAGAGGUUCGCUGAUUUCUCGUUCCGCGGCAGCUCCACCAACAAGCCGAAGAAGAGUAAAUCCAAGGCUCCGAGGCCGGUGGACGACGAUGGCGACAUUGACCUGGACGAGGCCGAGGAAAGCGGCGAACAGGACAGCGACGACGACUCGCUAGGAUCUGAGGCUGUUGACUUGGCACAAAUGCUCGACGACUACGAGGAAGAACAAAACCAAGUCAAGUCGAAAGGCAAGAAAACAAGCAGCCAGCAGCGGGACGAAAGCGACAGCGACCAGGAUGGCUCGGACGAAGAUGACGAGGAGGAUGAGGAAAGCCAAGCCUCCGACUUCCAGAUGUCCGACGGGGAUGACGACGACAGAGAUGAGGGCAAGCUUUCCCAACUUCAAGACUUCAUCUCAACCAUCUCGCAAGGCCCCGGCGGGAAGAACAAGCAAAGACGUGUAGAGGACGUUCACGAAGGCACGGCACCAUCGGAAUUCGGAGUCGCAGCUUCCCAGAAGCUUGAUAUUGGAGACCUCCUUGCUGGAACGAACGAUCCCAACGCGAAAAAGAUUAUAAAGAUGCUCAAGGACAGUAAACCGUCGAAUCGCAAGGGAAUCCCCGGUAAACUGGAGGCACCUCUGCCCAAACGCCAGCAGGACAAGCUAGACCGCAGCGCGGCGAACGAGAAAGCCAAGGAAACCCUCGAACGUUGGGUAGAUACUGUCAAACAGAACAGAAGGGCUGAGCACAUUUCGUUCCCCAUCAGGGAUCCUGAUGCGCAGGAAGCUUUGGGUACCAAGGCUUUUCUCCCAAUCUCAACUGCCAAGCCUGCCAAUGAUCUGGAGAGCGCUAUUCAGUCCAUCAUGGAAGAAAGCGGUCUGUCAACAGGAAAGAAAUCGGAGGAACAGAUUGCUGAGUUCGAGGAGCUCCAAACAAACAAAAUGCCCAUCGAGGAAGUCAUGGCCAGACGUGCCGAGCUUCGCAAGGCUCGGGACCUCAUGUUCCGGGAGGAAGUGCGCGCCAAGCGACUGAAAAAGAUCAAGUCCAAGUCUUACCGCCGUGUUCACCGAAAGGAACGGGAACGUCUUGAAGAGCAAGAGCGGCAGGCACUUGCCGAAGCUGGCGUUGAUAUUUCGGAUGAGGAACGAGAGCGCAAUGAUCGUCGCAGGGCUGAGGAGCGCAUGGGCGCCAAACAUCGUGAGAGCAAGUGGGCGAAGGGCGUCAAGGCUACAGGUCGAGCUGCGUGGGACGACGAUGCGCGCGAUGGCCUGAACGAGAUGGCCCGCCGCAACGAGGAACUGCGUCGCCGAAUUGAUGGCAAGGAUGCCCAAGAUGAGGACGAUGGCGCGACCGACCUUAGCAGCGAUAAUGACGAUGAUGACGACUCGGAUGCUCAGAGGCUGAAGCGUCAGCUGGACCGUGUCGAUGCCCCGGACUCAGCUGAGGGGGGCCUUUCCAAACUUGCUGGAUUGAAAUUCAUGCAGCGCGCCGAGGCAGCACAAAAGGCACGUAACGAUGAAGACAUUGAGCGUAUGAGGCGGGAACUGGCUGCAGAAGAUGGCGAGGACGAGGAUGAGGAUGACUUUGACCAGUCCCAAUCCAUCGGGCGAAAGGUCUUCGGCCCAUCGUCGAACAAAGCAGCUCAGCCAACCAGGAAGCCUAUCAGGAACGAGUUCGAAGAGCAACCUGGGUCGGACGAUGAGGCAGACGCAGACGGCGAGGUAAAGAUUGUGCUUGAAAACAAGAGCCAACGUUCGAAACCGCAAAAGCAACAGAUCAAAAACCAAAACAGAGGGUUGAAUCGCAACACGACUGUGACCAAGCAACCAUCGGAGGAGCCGCAGGACAACAUGUGGCUAGCGGGCCCCAGCAAGGGAGAGAAAAAGUCGAAAUCCACGUCACGCCAAGCAACGUCAUUUGGUUCCGGACCUACGUUAGAUGUAUCGGCAAGCGUUACCUCUGACAGUAACAGGCAGCCGAAGGCCAAGGCGAAGGCUACCGAAGCACUUGCCCCAACGGAUGCAGAUGGCUGGACAGUGGUCACUUACCGCAAUCAAGAAGGGUCUGACGAGGAGGACGAGCAGGAGACGGAGAAUCCCUUCGUUCUCAAAAAGGAAUCAUUGGUUGAAAAGGCAUUUGCAGGCGACGAGGUUGCAGAGAGCUUUGAGACUGAGAAGCGUGCCAUCGAAAAAGAGGAGGGUGACAAGGUCAUCGACAACACAUUGCCCGGAUGGGGAAGCUGGGCGGGCGACGGUCUCAGCAAACGGGACAAGAAGCGGACCACGAGGCGUUUCUUGACGACGGAGAAGGGCGUGGACAAGGAUAAGCGCAAGGACGCCAAGCUCAAGAAUGUGAUUGUGAACGAGAAGCGGGUGAAGAAAAACGCCAAGUACAUGGCGUCAGCUCUGCCCUUCCCUCACGAAUCCAAGCAGGUGUACGAGUCGACGCUGCGGCGACCGCUAGGCCCAGAAUUCAACACCAAGCAGGUGUACCAGGACAGCACCAAGCCACGAGUCAUGGUCAAGCCCGGCGUGGUCAUCAGGCCUCUGUCCAAGCCGCUUGUUUAG